AUGGUGUCGAGAAAUACAGUCGUCCUAUCUAUAUAUGAAAAGGAGUUUGGAAAUGUUUUGAUUGUAAGACUUUGGGGGAGCUUAUCAUGCGACAAUCUCUUUCAACUUGUUCGAAAACACUUUAAAUUAACUUCUCAUUCCUUCGACCUUGACUAUUUAGAAAAUGGAUCGUUUCCCUACUCAUUGCCAAAGACCGGGAAUUUAGAAAGCAUUUUCGAUAUUGACGAGGACUGCAUAUUUGGCAACAAUACUAAUCUCCCCCGUCCUGUGAUGACUUCCUUGUCUGAUGAAAUGCUCGAUGAAAUUCCGCAUCGAAAUCGUCUGGAGAUCAAGGUUUUACGCAGCUCUGAUGAUGAAUCUCAGCAACCGAACAAUACAUCGAAUAGUGAAGACGAUGGUUCUGUUAUUGGCUUAAGCUGUAUGCAACACACAGAUUCGGAUCCCUGUGCAACACAGAAACCUAACACUUGUACUGAUAUUGUGUUAGCUGAUCCUUCAUCCUGUGAAAGAUCCUCUUCGGCUAAUGCAGUUCCACGUACGGAUACAGUUAUUUCUCCAAUCCCACAAAAUUUCGUUGGACUAGUCAAUUCUGGAAUGACGUGUUAUAUGAAUAGCCUAUUACAAACACUAUUCAUGACUCCAGAAUUUCGUAAUGCACUAUACCAUUGGCGUUUUGAAGGCAAUUCAACCGAAGCGGUUACAAGUAUCCCGUAUCAACUUCAACGUUUAUUUGUUCAAUUACAGACUACAGAAAGUACAGCAAUCAGUACAAAUGGUGUGACCACUUCAUUCGGUUGGCGUUCAUGUGAUGUCAUACAACAACAAGAUAUUCAUGAGCUGUGCAGAAUUUUAUUUGAAGCUUUAGAAAAGAAAUUGGGAUGUACAAAGGCGGCGUCUGAAGAUAAAAAUUACACUGAUGGCAAUUGCUUUACCAUCACUGAUAAUAAUAAUAAUAACGAUUAUAAGAAGUCUGCUGAUGAUGAACCACAACAAGAUGGUGAUGAUGAUAAUGAUCUAAAAAAGAGGCAAACUUCAGGAUCAACAUUCAACUUGAUUAAUCGACUCUAUCAAGGUGAACGAUCUGAUUAUGUUCGUUGUUUGUAUUGCAAUCGUGUUAGUUGGCGACCGGAUACAUUUUUAGAUAUUCAAGUUCCCCUAAGACCAUAUGGAUUAAAUGCUAAGCCUUAUGAAAGUCUAGAGGCCGCUUUUAGAGGAAUGAUUAAACCUGAACGUUUAGAAGGCAAUAAUCAAUAUUUGUGUUCUUAUUGCGAUUGUAAACGUGAUGCUGAACGUGGUUGUGCAUUUCAUAAAAUGCCGUAUCUGUUAACGCUUCAAUUGAUGCGUUUCACCUUUGAUCCACAAACAUCCAAUCGUAUUAAAGUAAAUGAUAAAUUCACAUUUCCUUUGGAUCGACUCGAUUUAUCUGAAUUCGUUACUACUCCUAAUAAUAAUAAUAGUAAUAAUACAAGUGAAAAAUCUGAAUCCUCUGAGACUGGUAUAGAAAGACAAGAGCAGACAUCAGAACAUGGUGAUACUGAAGCUGACAGCGAGCAUGGAUUAGUGUAUUCGCAUAGUUCAACAAAAACUAAUGUACAAAACAAUGGCGAAAAUAAUUGUCUGCCUGCUGCUACCAAUGAAAAUGUUGUUAUCUCUUCAGAUUGUUGUUCUGAAGGCAUGGAAACAGAGGCGACUGAUAGUGGUGUGAAUAGUAAUACAGAUAGUCCAUUCGAUGGUGUAUCUUCGGGUAGUCCUACAGUUGGUUCACCAAAUGUCGAAGAAGAAAUGGAUGACUUAUCAGAUUUCGGAGUAGAUGCAACGCAUACAGUUACCAAUAAUUCUGUUCUAAUGAAAGCUGUAUUAAGUGUACAACAAAAUAUGAAUGGUUUAACCGAACGUAAUCAUAAUAACAAUAACAGUAAUCAUAAUCAUAUAAAUACUGAAUCAUUUAACCAUAGAAUCUAUUCAUCCUCUAAUGAAUUAGACGAUGGUAUAGCCUCUGAAUGUACAUGUCCUUCGUGCUCAUGUUCAACUACUACUACUACUGUUCAUCAAAUGAAAUUAACCAAUGAAUGUCGUAACAGAAAGAAGAAGCAACGUCGUCAUCGAAGUCAUAGUCCUCAGAAUCGUUCACCACAAAAAUUUAAAACAUCUAGGUCGGUGAAUGAUAAUAGUACUACUAAUGAAACUACUACCACUACUACGACUACUACUACUACCACCAGCACUGAUGAUAAUCCUGGAACAUCUGAAUCGAAUUAUGACGUGCAAUCCAAUACAUCCGAUUCAUCUCUAGUCUAUGAAUUAUUUUCAAUUAUGGUGCAUUCAGGUUCAAUUAACGGUGGACAUUACUAUGCAUUUAUUAAGUCAUUCACAGACGGUCUUUGGUAUAAAUUCAAUGACCAGUAUGUUACGCCUACAACUCUGGAGGCAUUGGAAGCAACUUUUGGUACUAAUCAGUCAAGUUAUUUAAGUCAUUCAAAUGCCUAUUUCUUGAUGUAUCGCCUCGUGAAUCCUGAGUUGAAUGAAACUUUCAUGAAGGUGGAAGAGUUUCCGGAGCACAUUCAUAAACUGAUGCAAGAAAUUCGUGAUGAGGAAAGAGGCGUUGCUGAAAGGAGGGAAAGAGAAUUGAUGGUGUGCAAGUUUGAAGCUUAUACACGAUGUCCAGUUACACAGAAAACUAUUCAUGCAAAUGUAACACUCUAUAAGGAUCAGUCAAUGUCACAGGCAACCAACGUUAUCCGACAAACAUUGUUACCAAACUUAAAUAAAGUGCCAGACUCGGCAUUUCGAAUUGUCCAGUAUAAUAGUUCAGAUGAUUCACUAGGCAAGUCAGCUGAAUAUGUGUUGAACAGUCAACCUAGAUUCCAUUCAUCCAAUAAUGGUUUACACUCUAAUGAGACGGAAUCAUCAAUGCCUAUGGAUAUGGUUACUGUUGGUGAAUUUUCAAACAAUAAAGCCUAUUAUCCUUUUCCUCUAUGGCUUGAGCAUCGUAUAUGCGUGCCUGGUUCAGUGAAGCACCUUUUCUCUGCUGGUAGUAUAUCAUCUCAACCAGUUCCACAGAUGUGGCGCACUUAUGAACCUGGAGGUAUCACUUUCAAUGUCAGCCGUAUUGACUUCACCUGUGAUCUAAUUUACCCGUCGGAAAAGAUCUGGUUACCGUUGUCUGCUUCCGUGUACGAUUUAAUUUUCGAAGUUUGGCAGUUGUAUACAGGAGAACAGUUAAUUGAUGAAGAACUUAUUAGUGGACCAGCUACAAGUGGAUUACAACUUAUCUUGGAUAAGUCAUUUUGUCAGUGUCCAGCACAACUGUCAUCUUUUCCUAUUCCACAAAAUGAAGCCUAUAAUCUACCUGAAUGGGCAGUGAUCUUAUACACCUGUGAUCAUUCGUUGAGUGCAGCUGAUUUACCUCCUCUCAGUGAAAUUAUAAACUUUACACAUCAGUCAAAUUGUAGCAUCUUUUCAAAAUCAUAUUCCAGUGGAUCAUUUAAUCUUUAUGUGGAUAUAGGCGCUUCAUAUGAUGGAUAUUAUAUGGAUCAGGAUGAUGACAAUGAUGAUUGUAUGAUUACAAAUUCGAAUAAUUUAACAGAAACAAUGCACAAUGGACGACGACAUGAUGUUGUUGGCAGGAAACGCGGUAGAUGGCAACUGUCGAGUAGUUCUGUGGAGACUACGGAUAAUAUUAAUAAUAAUAAUAAUGAUAAUAAUACUAAGAUUCUGCCUAACAAGGAUUUAAAAUAUCGACUGCAUAAGAUAUGCUCAGUGGCUGAAAGAUAUCUAUACCACACAACAUUCCAGGUCAUUAUUCCAAGUGAAGCAGAAAUUGCUUCAUUGCUUGUCCAAUGUGAAUUUUUGGCAAAUGGCGAAGAUACACCGGGUAUUGGUAGUAGUAGUAGUAGUGAUUCAAAGUUUGUCAACUCAACACCUCUAUCUGAUACACAUGAUGUCUAUCAAAUCACAAGUAAAACUGAUAGUGUUUCACACUCUGUGCCUCCAAUGAUGAAACCAUCAGUUUCAUUGGAUAAUGUCAUCGCAUCAAUGAACUCUGUUGAUGUUACUGCGCACACGAAUGAUAUGAGUCCACCAGAUUCUCGGUGUUCAAUUCAUGCUCAGUAUGGAAGUUUACACGAUAGUGAAAAAUCUGUUUCCUUGUCAUCUACAUCAUCGUUAUCAUCAUCACCGUCGCUGGAAAAUUUAAUUUCGUCAACAGAACGCGAUGACUAUCCUUUGAGACGUCGUAGUAAUUCACAGCCUAGUUUCAUGAAUCCUUUUGAAGGAAAGUUAACAGAAACAACAACAACAACCGCAGCAGCAAUAACAGAGCAUCCAGUUUCUCCUCUUCUAUCUGAAUCAUCAAACAGAAAUGAAUUAAAUUCAAGUUUAGUAGCUAUGGAGGUUGACGGUAUGUCAGUGCAUCAACCGUCGCUAUUGGAUGUUGCCAUGGACAGUAAUAGCGCCAUUCAUGAAUUGGAGACGAAUCAAAGACUUUGCCGUUUCGAUGAUACGUGUACAAUUGGUACCAGUGUUUUCUUGAAUGCAUCAACUUUACCGCGGACAAUUCAAGUCCAUUUAGACGUACGUAUAUCUAUUGAAGAAUUUAGGAAAAAAGCCGGUGAAUACCUAAAAUUGGAUCCUAAAUAUUUAAGUGUUUUAUACGAAGGAGGUAUUUUAACGGAUUUCACUACUUUUAAUUCGAAUCAGCCACUUAGAAUUACGCUGUCGCCUUGUUUCAAUAUAGAAGAAUUCUAUUUACCCGUGUAUGUACUUGAUCUCGAAGGUUGGUCGGUUGAAAAAAUAUUGAAGUGUGCUUCAUCAGUGUUAAAGCGUGUCUACAAGUUGGAUGUGCCAAUUAAUCGAUUACGAUUGCGUAAAUGUGCCCUACCGGAGCUGAUACCAGGUCCAGUGUUCAAUGAAGUCGAUAUCUUUAACACAUUGCCUAAUCAACAUCAAAGUUUAAUGUUACAAUUGUUGAAUGAAAAUCAUAUUCACACUAUUAUCUCCUCACCUGUCAGCAAUGCUGCUUCAAACUCUUCUGGGAUUUUAUCCUCCUCCUCGUCCUCCUCAUCAGCUGCUGCAGCAACAGCAGAAUCAUACACAGCGUCGACGUUUACAAAUAAAUCACGUGUUUGUUCAUUAUUUAUACGUCAAUGGCACCCAGCGAGUUAUUCCUUCGGUGAAUGGCAUGAAUUAUUAUUGACAUAUUAUCCUGUGAGUCAAUCACGUUGGGACAUAUUGGUGGAUUGGCUUGUUCAGCAUACUGGAUUACCGUCACAGCGUUUAGAAGUAGCUCAGUAUAAAUUUCCCGGUGUUAUACAUUGUAUGAAUAUGUCUUCGUCUUGA